UUGAUGCAAUUUGGCUUCUGUGUGAGCCACUCUGCCAUUUGGACCCUGUUCUGUGUGGCUCGCCGAUCACGCCAUGUGUAGUUUAGUUGCAGUUUCGAUUCGCAUCGGAUUGCCUUGCCCAGGCAGCGCAUCAAUCAUCCAUCACGCACGAAAGACAACGACCCAGCCCGGCAGAGCAAACCUGAAUGGCAAACGCCCCACGCCAUGCAUGCGAUUGUAUCCAAGGUUCAGGUUCUGUCAGGAAUUCGGGAUGCAAUUUGGCUACCUCGCUGAACUUGGUCCCCGAUUAAAAUGCCUUUCUAAAAAGUUUGCAGAGGCCUUCAAUUGA